AUGGAUUAUAUGAAUUUGGGAAUUACUUCCCGUAAAACUGGUCUGCGUGUUAAACAAACGAUUAACAAAGAUGAGUAUAGUAUGGAGAAUAUUGACGAGUUCUUUGCUGAUGAUGAUGAUAGUACGAUUGGCUCAAGAAGAAGAAGUAGGAGGACUUCAUUGCUAGGCAAUCUAAAACAACUUCCCGUCCCAUCCCUUCCGGCUCAGAUGUUUAUGGACGAAGAUGGAUUUAGAAUUCCAUCAUCUGCCCCUCAAGUUCGGAAGCAAUUCUUACCUUCAGGACAAAGGACGCCAACAGAUACCCAAUAUGACGACUUUUCUAUCCCUCAACAAGUUGAUGGUUCCUUUUUAUCUCCAAUACAAGAUUUCCCAGGGGAUGAGAUACCAACUGAACAAGUGCCACAAAAGAAGCGAAAGGAACGGCCGCAUGGUACUACUUACACGACUAACUACGAAGUUCCAAACGAAGUGGAACAUGGAGGAAAUGAUUCUACAAUUAUGUUAACUCCAAAUGCUAGGGCAAUCGAUGAUUACAGAGAUGUCCCUGAUCUAGUAGAUGAUAAUGAAACUACAAGGGAUAACACCUCGUUCAAUACAUCUGAUAAUGCAUUGUUGGAAGAUGAAAUGGAUGAUGAUUUUGAAUUUCAGAGUGCCGAAGAAGAGGAUAGAGAGUAUGUGGAUAGUGUAUCCAGACGAGGUAGCAGCAGCAGUAGUAGCAGUGAGUCUUCUGGCGAAGAAAAAAACGACUCCGACCCUGAUUCAGCUGAUGAUGAUGCUGCGUUAAGUCGAAGGGAUAAAAAUAAUAAAAUGUACUAUGACAAUGAAUCUUCAUCAUCUGAUGUAUUAGAUUCCGAUGAUGAAUAUAUCCAACAGCAGGCAAAAGAUCUCUUAACGGCAGACGAUCAUAUGGUAGGUAGUAUGAGGAGAUCAAAACGUGUUCGUGUUCCACCUUUAGAAUAUUGGAGGAAUGAGAAAGUUGUAUAUAAAAGGAAAUCUGAUAAACCAAUCCUAGAAAUUGAUAAAAUUAUAACAUAUGACCAUGAAGCAGAUGAAGAAGAUGCAAAACUAUCUCGAAAAAAGACGAACACGAAAACUAAGGCACGACCUUAUAACUAUAUUCCAACGGGAAGACCUCGUGGUAGACCUAAAAAGAAUGCAACUGCUCAAAACUUACUCAACCAAGAUCCCAACCAGCCUAUUAAAGCAAAAAUAGAAUCUGGAGACCUUGAAAAUUCUGAGUGGUUGAAGCAUGGCAUAUUACAAAGUAAUGUUAAUGUCUCUACCGACAAAAAGGGGAAUGAAAUUGUCGCAUUUGCUCCUGGUCUAGCACAAUCUGAGCAACCCAAAGAAACAGAGUAUGAAAAUUUCACCUUGGCAGUUAUGUUUGAUAAGCAUAGAGAAUUAUUUGCCAGCGGCACGUUGGUUUUACCAGUUGAAGGAAGAAAGGAAUCGAGCGAUUCAUUUAAUGCAUUUAUCACAUUCUAUGUUAUCCAAGGGAUUGUCGAAAUCUUAUUAUCCGAAAACAAGUUCAUUUGCACUGAGGGGUCAUCAUUCCAAGUUCCAGCUUUCAACAGUUAUGCAUUUGUAAAUAUUGGUCGUAAUGAAGCUAAGAUGUUUUUUGUCCAAGUAACUGUUCCCGAGGAUUUUGAUGGCAGCGACAAUAAGACCAGGGAAUCAAGCUCACCAACUUUGGGCUCCUCUUCAAGUAAUAUGAGUUUAACAUCACCAUAA